AUGCAAGAAGGAGGGAGAGUUGACAGUGUUUCCCAUUUUGCUGUGGCCUUUGCUGAACAUGAAAACUGUUUCCAGAAGAAGAAGGUGCAGAUAUGGAGAAAUGCUUUAAGUGACGUGGCCAAGCUCUCUCGAAAGACAUUAACUGAUGCGCCUGAGGGAAAGUUUAUCCAAGAAAUUGUUGAAUGGAUAUUUACUGAAUUGAAAGAUAAACGUUCAAUUGUUUAUGAAGACUGUUUUAUUGGAAUAGGCUCUCGUGUUGAGGAAAUGAAUUCAUUUCUAGAUAUGAAUUCAAAUGACAACCGCUUUAUUGGGAUAUGUGGGAAGAGUGGAAUGGGCAAGACAACUCUUGCAAGUGUCGUUUUUGACAAGAUUCGUAAUCAAUUUGAAGCUUGGAGCUUUCUCGAAAAUGUCAAAGAGGUUUCUGAAGCAUGCGGCUUAGAGACUUUACAAGAGCAACUCCUUUGUGAUAUUAGUAAAGGAGCAUUAAGGGUAAGGGAUGUGACUAAGAGAAUCCAAGUGAUCAGGAAGAUACUAUGUGAUAAAAAGGUACUUAUUGUUGUUGAUGAUGCGAGUGAAAAAAGAUAUUUAGAAGCAUUAGUAGGGAAGAGUUGGUUUGGUCCAAGAAGUAGAAUCAUAGUAAUUACUGAAGAUGAACAUUUGUUGAAAAGCUAUGAAAUUCAGACUAUAUGUAAGGUUGACAGACUAAAUAAUGAUGAAGCUCAUCAACUUUUUAGUCACAAAGCUCAUUGUGAAAUUGAUUUUUGGAAUUUGGUCAAUGAUUUUGUCACUUAUGCUCAGGGCAGUCCUUUGGUUCUUAAAGUUCUGGGUUCCCAUUUGUGUAAAAGAACAAAAAAUGAAUGA